UUACAUUUUGCAUGAGAACACACGCUGGGUUCAAGUAUAUAGACCCCUGCUUUGUAACUGGAAGCCUGGGAACAGUGUCCGAUUUCUGGCCCGGUUUCGUUUCACACUAAUGGGCUUUGCUGGCUGCGACAGACACACACUGAGCGGAUACAGAUACUAACCACCUCUCUGACAAACAGGGAAAAUAGGGAUCGAAAUUCAGAAUGAGAAAGCAGGUGACAUUUGUAGAGAAUCUGAAAAAAGAAAACAGGAUUAAAAAUGAGAGUAACCACAUCUUAAGGUCUGCAGAGUCUAACAAGAAAUCCACAAAUGGUGUUGAAUAUGUGCCUUGUCAACAAAUAAGAGACAUCUAUGGAGGGACGCACAUGAAUGCUCCUUCAGGAAACCACAUGAAGUCCAUACACAUUCCCAAAUGCAUGAUGACUGCUCCCUUCUUACAGCAUCCAUCUCUGACAGUGGGUCAGAGACGUUACCUCUGCAGUAUCGCCAACAUUUACAGCACAGAACACAUGAAACGGCAGAUGAAGCAGCAUUACCUUAACGUGCUGCACACAUGCCUCAAAUCAGGUCAGACUUCCAGCUGCAGGAGGAGACAUGGAGACCUUCAGCACAAGGACAUGGGGGCGUUCAGACAGGACGCUGAAGAGGCUAGAGCGAGGCCACAAGGGCAGAGGAAAAGCCGCAGCAGAGCUAAUUCUGACGUCAUAUUUCCAAAAAUAGUCAACUGAAGACAGAUAUGAUAGCGAACAUUCAUUGUGUAGAAAGCAUUUAUCAAGCAAGGUAACACAGUCCAGAAACAGAUGUUAAAUGGUAAGAAAUCACUGAAUUAAAUCACUGAAUUAAACAGUAUAUUUAGUUGGAUGUUUCUUUUACAGCUGGUUGUACAACAUAUCAUCAUGCCUUUUAGCUUUCAUAACAUUGACAAAAAUUCUAAACGUAUAUACUAUUUUUCCCAUAUGAGAAAAACAUAAUAUUAUUUUGUGGGGCUAUUUUCUGUGAUUAUUAUUAUUAUUAUUAUUAUUAUUAUUAUUAUUAUUAUUAUUAUUAUUAUUAUUAUUAUUUAUUAUUAUU